AAGUAACCAACACUAAAACGCCGCGCUUCAAUCUCAACCCUCGCAAAAGUCUUUAUUGAUCUUCCACUCCAAACAUCCCCAUAACUUGACUAUCUACGAGAAGAACCCAGGCCGGAAAAAAGAGGGCUCACUCCAGAAUUUCUUCCCCGCCAACCAUCCCGUGUAGCAUCCAGCGUCUUAUUGCAGAAACCACGCCAAUGCCCGACAAUCUUAAUCGCUGUAUAUGUAUAGACGAUAGACAAUGGCGACUACGAACCAUCGUGCACCACCGGCUGCCCCCGCUCCUCUCGGCUCCGCUUCGACCGCUAACGGAGCCUCGGUUCAUCACGCCCAAGAUGACUCCCUCCCGAACGGUCACCACACUCCCGCGCAAGAACCCAGACCGGCCCCGACCCCGACGCUUGUCGCGGCCCCCUAUGCGGCCUCUAAGAAGGGAAAGGGCAAGAAGGCCCUCGACUCGAACGAAGCGUCGAAACUCGUCGCCGCCAGGAUCUCCCAGCUGGAGGUUGAUACAGCUGCCGAGAAGGAGCAGGAAGCGGAAAUUGAUCGAGAAGUACGCAAGGCGAAUCGCGAGCUCAACCAUCAAAUGAACAAGAUGAACGACCUGGAGAAAAUAGACCUUUUGACUAAGAGGUCAUCGGAGCUGUUCGCCAGCAUGAAGCGCCUGGAGCGCGAAAACAUUAAGAACAAGAAACGCGCAGACCAGUUGCAGAAGGAGAAGGAUUCUAGUCGUACCGACCUGAGUAAGCAGAUAAGCCUCAAGGAAAAGCUGGAAAAGCUCUGCCGCGAGCUGCAAAAAGAGAAUAACAAGCUGAAGAACGAGCACCGCGCCUUGAACGACACUCACGAUCGACUUAAGGUUUCGUCUGACGAACGUUUUAAGAAGGUUCUCGAAACCUUAGAGGGUUACCAAGAGGAGAAGGACAAUCCGCGAAAGCAGGUGGUGUAUAUGAAGGUUGAGGAAUUGUUCAAGGCCCGCUUCAAAUCCCUUAUCGAUCAAUACGAACUCCGGGAGCUUCAUUUUCAUUCUGCUAUGCGAACCAAAGAGAUCGAGGUGCAGUGGAAUAUGGCCCGUUACGAGCAGCAGAAGAAGACUGCGGAGGCAGAGGCUAGCCGUGCGCGCCAGCUCAAUAGCCAAGUCUUAACGUUCUCCAAGACAGAGACCGAGCUACGAAACCAGCUCAAUGUUUACGUGGAAAAAUUCAAGCAGGUCGAGGAUACCCUGAACAAUAGCAACGACCUGUUCCUAACCUUUCGUAAGGAGAUGGAGGACAUGUCUAAGAAGACUAAGAAGCUCGAGAAAGAGAACGAUGCUUACAAGCGCAAAGAAGGUGCCCUCAACCAGAACAUCCUGAAGAUGGCCGAGGAACGGAACAGACACCUUAAAGAUCUCGAGGAUAUCAAGAAGAAAAACGACAAACUCACGAGUAUCAUCAACCAGAUGCAGCAGCAGGGCCGUGGCAUACCCCAUGGCAUGCAGGGCACGGUGGAGAGUUGCUACGCCGAGGGAGGAGAGGGUGAGGAGGAUGGUGAGCUGGAGGACGGCGAUGAGGAGAGCGAAUACGAAUACGACGACGAAGGAGACGAAGAGGUCAGUGAGGAAGGCGAAUUCGAUGACGACACGGAAGAGGAACUCAUGCCGCAAGUGCCUGGCGCUUACGGCCCGGAACGCCCGCCUGCUAUGAACGGACAUCGCUAGGAAGACGAUAAAACGCCACAGCAGGCCGAGGACAGAGGCGAGGAUGCGCACGAGGGCAGAUCCGAACCUCCGUCGACAGUCCAAACUCUGCUGCAGUGCUUGGCCAUCGUACAACGCUUCGUGCAACGUCGCCCUCCCAUGCAACGUGUUCUUGACCUGGAAGAAUCUCCUAUUGUCGAGCG